UUUACUUAAUAUUAAAAAUGUAAUAAUUAUCUUGUCUAAGUUAGUGGAAAUUUGUUUACAUGUUUGAAAAAGUUGUAAGGCUUUUAUUUUUGAAUGGGGUUGUAUAGGAUUUUCCAGAUGUUGUGACGGUGUUUGGUUUGAAUUGGUAGCAAAAGUUUUAAUGUGACUUAAUCCUUAUAAAUGAGAGCUUUUGGUAACCUCACAACCAUCCCCCACCACUGAAUUUUCCUCCUCGCCUGCUUUACAUCUAGAUCAUCCCUACCUUCUCCAAUUUCAGACUUAUGAUGCCUUACACAUUCUGGAUUUUGACAAUGUCCGAAAACGCAUGUCUGUACUUGUUCGAACACCAAACAAUCAAAUUAGACUUUAUUGCAAAGGAGCUGAUACAAUGAUAAUGGAAAGACUUAGCGAGAAAGAUACAAGCCAAUUAUUACGUCAAGCAACACUUCAACAUUUGGACAAAUUUGCAACAGAUGGUUUAAGAACACUUUGUGUGGCAUAUAAAAUUGUUGAUGGGGAAUAUUGUGAAAAAUGGCUGCAGCGUUUGCAUGAAGCUCUUAUAGACUUGGAGAAUAAAGAUAAAAGAGUGGAUGCUUUAUACGAGGAAAUGGAAUGUGAUAUGAUUUUGUUGGGUGCUACAGCUAUCGAAGAUAAAUUACAGGAUGGAGUGCCUCAAACAAUUGCAGCGCUAGCUGAUGCAAACAUUAAAUUAUGGGUUUUGACUGGGGAUAAAACGGAAACAGCCAUCAAUAUAGCCUUUUCUUGUGGAUUAUUAACCGAAUAUAUGCGUGAAGUGUCCAUUAUCGACGGCAAGGAUGAAAAGGAAGUGGAAGUUCAAUUGAAAGAUACUAUAAGGCGUAUGCAAAAUGCUAAAGUGCCACAAGUGGGAAACAGCCAUCAAUAUAGCCUUUUCUUGUGGAUUAUUAACCGAAUAUAUGCGUGAAGUGUCCAUUAUCGACG